AUGCUGAGACUGAGAAUAAUUGUAGCUACAUUGUCAGCAAUUGCUAUUCUCCUCUUCCUAUUCUUCAUACUCUUCAGCAUCCAUUUCAAGUCCCCUCUUUUACCUCCCGCAUACACUACCAUUACAUUCCAAAACAAAUCUUCUCCACAUGAACAAUUCAGCCUUCUAAUCGGAGUUCUAACCUGCCCCGACAAAUAUGACCGUCGCCACUUCCUCCGCCUCACCUACGGAACUCAAUCCUCUUCCAUAGCAAAGAUCGACGUCAAGUUUGUUUUCUGCAAUCUCACAAAACCAGAACAAAGAGUCUUCAUAGCCCUCGAGAUUGUGCGGUUUAACGACAUAAUCAUUCUUAAUUGUUCAGAAAAUAUGAAUAGUGGCAAAACAUACAAAUAUUUCUCUACUCUUCCUCAAAUCCUAUCCCGACAAUACAACUAUGUAAUGAAGGCUGACGAUGAUGUUUUCAUAAGACUUGAGCCAUUGGCAUUGUCUCUGCAACCAUUAUCCAGGUUUGAUUUGUACUAUGGUUUUGUGAUUCCAUGUCCUAGCAUGAAUCCCUUUGUGCAUUACAUGUCCGGAAUGGGUUUUGUUUUGUCCUGGGAUCUUGUUGAAUGGAUUGGCAAUUCUGAAAUUCCUAUGAAUCAUACGUUUGGACCGGAAGAUAAAAUGGUUGGGCAAUGGCUGAAUGAUGGGAACAAGGCCAAAAAUAGGUUUUCUAAUAAGCCGGCAAUGUAUGAUUAUCCUGGAACUAAUGGAAGGUGCUCACACCAGCUUAUACCAGAUACGGUUGCAGUUCACAGGUUAAAGAGGUGGGAACAAUGGCUACAUGUACUUAAUUACUUUAAUGUAACAAAAGAUAUUGAACUCUACAAUAUUAGUUCGGUUGUGAUUCGAAUUCAACUUGAUUGCUCGCUUUGUGCAAUGGGUGCUAGAGCGAUGGAUGGAUUCCAUUACCAUCUGAUGCUAUUAAAAAUAUGCACCUGUGAAUACUGGGGCUUCACGACUAAGAAUGAGCAUGAGCAUGAGCAGAGCUUUCGUAGCUCAAGCUCAAUGACAAAGCUUGAGCACAUACAGGGCUUUCGUAGCCCGAGCUUGAUGAUAAAGUUUAAGCUAUGA